ACUUAAUACACUUCUCCCAUAUCAAUGGAUCAUCAACAAUACGUCCAUGAUCCUCUUCACCUUCAUUGUCAUCAUCUCCAUCACCACCACCAUCCACUCCAUUUAGAUCAAAAGGGCUUAACAGCACAAGUACCUUUACCACCUUCAUCACCUUCUCCUCCUCCUCCUCCGCCGCCACCAAGACCACCAGUCAUGGUGGUGAUGGUACCUUUCCCAGCCCAAGGCCACCUCAACCAACUCCUCCACUUCUCCCGUCUCAUAGCUGCCUACAACAUUCCAGUGCACUACGUUGGCUCCACCACCCACAACCGUCAAGCCAAGCUACGUCUCCAUGGUUGGGACCCUCUCUCCAUCUCCAACCUCCACUUCCAUGACUUCCCACUCCCACCAUUCCUCAACCCUCCACCUGACCCCAACGCAUCUAUCAAGUUUCCAGCCCACCUCCAACCCGCAUUUGACGCCUCACUGCACCUACGCAAGCCCAUAUCCUCUCUUCUCCACUCCCUCUCCCUCACCUCACAAAGACUAGUAAUCAUCUAUGAUCCUCUCAUGGCCUUUGCUGCCCAAGAUGUUUCUUCCCUCCCUAAUGGUGAGGCCUACGCCUUCCACAGUGUCUCAGCCUUCGCUAUUGUCUUCUACUUAUGGGAGUCCCUCGGGAGACCCAUUGAAAUCCCAAUUGAGCUCUCUGAUCUCUCACUGGAGGGUUGCUCCACAACCGAGUUUCAAGCUUUCAUUCGUAGUCAAUAUGAUUUGAUGAGCUUCAAUAAGGGUGACCUCUACAACACAUGCCGUGCAAUUGAGGGUAGGUUCAUGGACAUGUUGGGCCAGAGGCAAUGGGCUAUUGGCCCAUUAAAUCCUGUCACCCUUGGAAGCUCCGGUUGGCGGCACAAGUGCUUGGAGUGGCUGGAUAUGCAGCCCAGGGGAUCAGUAUUGUACUUGUCGUUCGGAACCAUGACAUCAAUGUCCCAUGAGCAGAUUGCCGAGCUCGCCGUUGGUCUUGAACGUAGCCGGCAACGCUUCAUCUGGGUCUUCAGGGAUGCUGAUAGAGGAGACAUAUUUGCUAAAGAGAACGACAUGGAAGUAAGUAAAGCCCAGGCCCACCUACCCAAAGGUUACGAGGAGAGGAUACAAGGAGUGGGCUUGGGAAUGAUAGUGAGAGACUGGGCUCCACAGCUUGAGAUCCUGGCCCACCCAUCAACAGGUGGGUUCUUGAGUCACUGUGGGUGGAACUCAUGCAUGGAGACCAUCAGCAUGGGUGUGCCGAUUGCGGCUUGGCCCAUGCACUCGGAUCAGCCCAGGAACCCAAUGCUUGUAACCCAGGUGUUGAGAGUAGGCCUUGUUGUUCGAGAAUGGGCUCAGCGACAAAAAUUGGUGACUCGGACUACGAUCAAGAGUGCUGUCAAGCGGUUGAUGGCGUCGGAGGAAGGGGAUGACAUCAGACGUAGAGCUAAAGAGUUAGGGGUUGCGGUUCGCCAAUCGGUGGCCAACGGUGGGACUUCUCGUGCCGAGUUGGACUCGUUCAUCUCCCAUAUCUCUAGAUAGGAAGGAGACCUAGCUCAUUGUGUCCAUGGCCAUAGAGGCAAAUCGUCAAACACUUGAGAAAAGAAAAUUGUUUAGAAUGAUGGUUGACUAAAAUGGAUCUUGUAUUCUUCGUUGGAUGUUAUCAAUUUAUGAUUUGAGUUUGUCUAUAAUUAAUUUUA